GGCUUGGAAACAGCCAGGGUGAUAGGUCAAUGUCCCACUGGGUGGUAGGAAGACCCACCUAUCUGUGGAUGGAGCCUUCUGGUGUAGACACUCAGUGUCUGCCUGCCUGCCCUCCAGUGCUGUCUGCUCCAACGCUGCCGGCCUCUGCCCGGCUCUCCUUCCCUUCCUCAGUCGGGGGCGAUAGUGAAGCUUCUCAUGGAGGAAGGCAAUGGAUCCCUCUUGGUCUUGGGCCAGCUGCCUCCCACCCACCUAGGGACACAUCACCUAACCUCCUGGGCACACACACACUGUACCACCUUUGAUUUCUGGGGUUCUGUGCCAGAGGCAGCUCCUUCCUGAUUUGGACUCCAGCUAGUAUAUUGAGACAUGGAAAUCAAAGAGUUGUGUGAUUUCUUGUGGUGUCAACGGCUGUCCUCUGAACUUGGGAACAGAUUCAACUGACCUUUGUCCCUGGGACAGAGGGAGCUGAACUACAGUCCCAAUUCAAGCCUUCGGAAUUGCCAGCCUGAGCCCUCACUCUCUGAAGUGGACAACCUUACCUCCUGCCACAGGUCUGUCUGGGCCCAGGAAACUCUGCCUCCACCCAGAAGACCCUAGGACACCCAGGAGACCCUACCCCAGCCCAGGAGACCCUACCCAGGCCCAGGAGACCCUGCCCCUCCCCAGGAAACUCUGCCCAGGCCCAAGAGACCUUACCUAGCCCAGGAGACCCUGCUCUCACUCAGGAAGCCCUGCCCUCACUCAGGAGACCCUGCUCUCACUCAGGAGGCCCUGCCCUCACUCAGGAGACCCUGCUCUCACUCAGGAAGCCCUACACCAGCCUAGGCACAGCACUGCAGCCAUGAUGGAAGACAUAGAGUUAUGGCAACAAGUUUUCCAGGAGCUGAUUCAAGAAGUGAAACCAUGGCACAAAUGGACCCUCACACAAGACAAUGGCCUUCUUCCUGAUGUUCUGAAGCCAGGAUGGAUGCAGUACCAGCAAAAGACCUUUGCCAGGUUCCACUGUUCCUGCUGUUCUCGCAGUUGGGCCUCUGGCUGCGUCCUGACAAUCUUCCACAUGCACUGGUGUGAGAAGAAGGGCCAGGGCCAGGUGAAGAUGAGGGUCUUCGCUCAGCGAUGUAACAAGUGCCCUGAGCCUCCGUUCGCAGCUCCAGAGUUCACUUGGGACAACAUCUCAAGGAUCCUGAACAACCUGCUCUUCAGAAUUCUGAAGAAGUGCUAUGGGGAAGGGUUUAAGCAAAUGGAUGAGAUUCCUUUGCAUGGAGACACCAGUCUCCAAGGGCCACAUGACAGCAGCAACUGUGAGGCAUGUCUGCAGGGCUUUUGUGCUCAGAGUGGCUCAGGCCUCGCCUCAAAACCACCAGCGCGCCCACUAUCUCCCACCCCCUCUAAAACAACUAGGGAGCCUCAGGUCACGACCAUUUGCAGCGACGAUCCCCGCUCCCAGACCUCCUCCAAAGUGGAAAAGCCCCAAGCGUCAAAAGUGGACCCCAAAGCCAGUAACCCUCCCAAAGCUGCCCUCAAGGUUAGCCACACCUCACACCCAUCGACUUCAAUAUUGACAAUCCAACAGUUGUCACGGGUAAGCUCACCUACCCCUACAUGUGUCACUCAAAUGCCUUCUCCCGUCAAGAGCAGCACAGCAGCAGAUGCAGGAAAGAAGACCAGGUCCAAGACCCCAAAGGCAUUGCCCCCACCCUCCUCAGUUGUCCCACCCACUUCCUCCUCAGUUGUCCCACCCACUUCCUCCUCAGUUGUCCCACCCACUUCCUCCUCAGUUGUCCCACCCACUUUCUCCUCAGUUGUCCCACCCACUUCCUCCUCAGUUGUCCCACCCACUUCCUCCUUAUUUGUCCUACCCACUUCCUCCUUAUUUGUCCCACCCACUCGCUCGUUUGCCCCACCCACUUCCUCCUUAUUUGUCCCACCCACUUCCUCGUUUGUCCCACCCCCUCACUCCUAUGUUGUGCCGGAUUCUUGGAGACCGCCAGCAAACACCGCCUGCCAGGUAGAGAGAAGCAGCCAUAUCCACCCACCACGGGAAUCUUGCCGUGAAGCUUGCUGCGAGGCCUGCUGCGAGGACUUCUGUGAUUGCGGCAGGGCCUGCUGCCGGGGCUUUUGUAAUUGCCUGUCACGUAAACCGUGUCAGUCUUUGGUCUUCCUAUUCAUUGUUGCUGUUAUUGUGACACUUUACAUAAAAUAUGGUAUAUGAGUCUUGAAUGCUGAAAAUGGGGGAAAAAUCACAACGUCCCCCCAAAGUCACACAUUGUGUAACCCCUUUAUAUGAAAUGUCAAUGAAAUUAGUAGUGGAGUCCAGAGGUGGCUACCAGGACUGGAGGAAGGGAAAAGUAUAAAGCCACCCUUUAACCAGUGUGGGUCUUGUGAGGAAGAGGGUGAUGAAAAUGUUUGGGAUUUGAGGAGAUGGCAACAGUCUCCCAACUCCGUCCGCGCACAAAAAGCCACUGAAUUUGUCCCUCUGAAGGUGGCUAAUGCUCUUUUCUUUGCCUUUUUCCCCAUGGGGUGAGUUAGGGUGGGUUUGAGAUCUCAUCGUGUAGCCAAAGUUGGCUUGAAACUCACUAAGUAAUUUAGGCUAAUCUAGUGGUAUUUGCGCCGCCCGUGACCUUGGGCUGUAGGGCCCCAAGGAGUCGGUGAAAAGGGUCACAUGCCCCUUCUCCCUGCUCCUGCCUGUGAGGUGGAUUCGCUCCAGGGCAGAGCAGACAACUUUAGCUGUCUACUCCGUUCUGUAUGUGUAAGUGUAUUUCCUCAAUUUGUAUCUUAAUAAAUUCUGUUACCCAUUUAA